ACUUCGUUAUGAUUCAAUGAAAAGGACUGGGAAGGCUGGGGCUUCCGGAGUGAAUGUGUGUCGGGUGGCGGGUGCAGUGGCUCCGCGUUGGCAUGAGGCUUAAUUGACACCUUUGAUGUAGCCUAAGACAGAACCCGCACCUCCCACUGCCGCUUGGAAGACGUCAGCCUUACGCAGAAAAGGCAUCUGCUGAUGAAUCCUGCAUCUCAUUCAGCCUGCUCUGGAGCAGCCUUAGCCAGCCUUAACUAAUCCAACUGCUUCCGCUGGUGCUCGGCUUAGUGCUGAGAAGAGAUUUGGCUUCUUGCUAUUGUCAGGUCCCCCACUAAGGCUGUGUCCAUGUUAGAACUCAUAGAAGUUAAUGGAACCCCUGGUAGUCAGCUCUCCACUCCUCGCUCGGGCAAGUCGCCAAGCCCAUCACCAACCAGCCCAGGAAGCCUACGGAAGCAGAGGAGCUCUCAGCAUGGUGGCUCCUCUACUUCACUGGCAUCCACCAAAGUCUGCAGCUCGAUGGAUGAGAAUGAUGGACCCGGGGAAGAAGUGUCAGAGGAAGGCUUCCAGAUUCCAGCCACGAUAACAGAACGAUAUAAAGUCGGAAGGACAAUAGGAGAUGGAAACUUCGCUGUUGUCAAGGAAUGUGUAGAAAGGUCAACUGCUAGGGAGUAUGCUUUGAAAAUUAUCAAGAAAAGCAAAUGUCGAGGCAAAGAGCACAUGAUCCAGAAUGAAGUGUCUAUUUUAAGAAGAGUGAAGCACCCCAAUAUUGUUCUUCUGAUUGAGGAGAUGGAUGUACCUACUGAGCUGUAUCUUGUCAUGGAAUUAGUAAAGGGUGGAGACCUCUUUGAUGCCAUUACUUCCACUAACAAAUACACCGAGCGAGAUGCCAGUGGGAUGCUGUACAACCUGGCCAGUGCCAUCAAAUACCUGCAUAGCCUGAACAUCGUCCACCGCGACAUCAAGCCGGAGAACCUCCUGGUUUAUGAGCACCAAGAUGGCAGCAAAUCACUGAAGCUGGGUGACUUCGGCCUGGCCACCAUUGUGGAUGGGCCCCUGUACACAGUCUGUGGCACCCCAACAUACGUGGCUCCAGAAAUCAUUGCAGAGACUGGAUAUGGCCUCAAGGUGGACAUCUGGGCAGCUGGUGUGAUCACUUACAUCCUGCUGUGUGGCUUCCCUCCAUUCCGUGGAAGUGGUGAUGACCAGGAGGUGCUCUUUGAUCAGAUCUUAAUGGGGCAAGUGGACUUUCCUUCUCCAUACUGGGACAAUGUUUCUGAUUCUGCCAAGGAGCUCAUUACCAUGAUGCUGUUGGUCAAUGUGGAUCAGCGAUUUUCGGCUGUGCAGGUCCUUGAGCAUCCCUGGGUUAAUGAUGAUGGCCUCCCAGAAAAUGAACAUCAGCUGUCAGUAGCUGGAAAGAUAAAGAAGCAUUUCAACACCGGCCCCAAGCCGAACAGCACCGCCGCUGGAGUCUCUGUCAUAGCACUGGACCACGGGUUUACCAUCAAGAGAUCAGGGUCUUUGGACUACUACCAGCAACCAGGAAUGUAUUGGAUAAGACCACCGCUCUUGAUAAGGAGAGGCAGGUUUUCCGACGAAGAUGCAACCAGGAUGUGAGGCGCCGGUACAAGGCACCGCCAGCUCCACCAGAACUCAACUCGGAAUCCGAAGACUACUCCCCGAGCUCCUCCGAGACUGUUCGCUCCCCCAACUCGCCCUUUUAAUGAGACCCUUUUACUCAAAGUCCUAGCUUAACCCUUUGAGACACUAGAUUUUUUUCCCCAAAAUUUCCGUAAAACAGUUUCAUCUGAUCUAUCUAGCAUUUGAUGCUCUUGAAUGGCAGAACAUAGAGCGUGUUUGGGGGGUACUUUCGUAGUCAUUUCCCUUUACUGGGUGAGAUGGCACAUGCAGGUUGUGAAGAUGGUAAUUGGCCACUAAUAAGGUCCUCAAAGGGUUAAGGCUAAUUUCCAAUUUUUUAAAACAUAGAAGCAAUGAAUGUUUUCAUCAGUGAAGCUAAGAUCUGCAGUAUGUAAUAUAGCACAUGUUAACCCUCUGAGUGCAGAGAACUUACUUGAGAAUCUUUGCUGCGAAUUUUUCAGGCUUUUGGGUAUAGACACACAUGUUUUUUGAUCUUGCUGCAGAUCAAGGAGUGCUAUUAAGAUGCUGGAAUGUCCAGACAAGAAAAGCAUUUAGAAGGAUAACUUGAUUGUUCUUCUCUGUGGGUUUAGAACAUGGCAGGUUUAUAACUUCAGCAUACAUACCCCUCUCUCCUUCACAAGUCUAUUAAAAAGGGAACGUUUUUUCUUUAGUGUAACCACCUGCUGCAGUGAGUUGUGCAUUCAGAUUGGGCUUGUGACGAACAGCCUGACCCAGGAAAUUGAUAAUACGCCCUCCCCUGAAGUUGUCGCCCAGGAAGAUGUAGUGAUACUGCCCCAGAAAUGCUGCUUUCACAUCAGCUGCUGCUAGUGCCAAUGCAGACCCUCAGGGAAUCACCCAAGCUUGUCUUGUGCUUGGUGCGUGAAGGUCUGUGUACUCCGUAUCAGACAUCUACAGGAAAGAAGCAACCAGUGGAAAAGAGCAAUAACUUGCCAGGUGCUCUAUAGGGCUGGAAUUUCAAAUGAAAGAGGAGAUAAGAUCUUGGGCUUUAUGUUUUUCUUAUCUGCUUUUUCAUGAUACUGUGGUCAUUGGUGUGAAACUCACAUAUGUUGUGAAAUCAAAAUACUGAAGAGCUGGGAGAGAGGCAAGUACUUUGCGAAGUGGCUGAAGAGAUAGCACAGUGGAACACCAGCCAAAAUGGUUUUAAGGAAAAUAAACUGAUUACUUUCUUUGUGUGUAUGGAACUGAGAGUUGAACCCAGUGUCUUUGGA